AUGUUCUAUAGCCAUGAAAUUCUCACAUCCCCAGAGCAUGGAGUAGCCACAGUAUGGCUUGUCGCAACGUUGGGGUCGAAAUCUAUAUCCAGACGACUCAAUCGAAAAACGAUAUUAGAUGUUGACGUCCCCAAGGCAUGCGGUGUGAUUAUAGACCCAGUUGCGCCAAUGGCAUUGAGGCUCCAGAGUAACUUACUGUACGGAGUCUCUCGAGUUUACAGCCAGCAAUGCGGAUACACACUGCUAGACACGCAAGCAAUGCACGAUAGGAUGAAAACGAUGCUGAAAUCCAUUCCUGCAGGCGGACUGGACCCUGCUGCAGGGAAAGCCAGGCCUGAACAACUCGUCCUACCCUACGAUCCAUCAUUCCUACCGGAGAAUAACCUCCCAGGGCUAGGAUUGGAUCUCUCAAAACUGAACAUAGUGUUUGAGUCGAAUGCAAGCCAGCAGUCAAACGUAUUCUUGCCGGGAACCCCGGAUCUAAGCCAGUCUGCGUUUUCGGGGAUCUCUAGUCUGCAGCUGGAUCUGGACCUGCCUUCUAAUGACCAAAUUAUGGGAGGCGUGGGAGGUUUUAGUUCCGAACCUGACAUUGUCGGUGCCGCUCAGUCAGGGAUUGAUUUCGGCGGGAUGUCAGGUUCCAUCUUCAAUGAGGAAGCGGGUGUGCUUUUCCAGCCUGACUUUGAGUUUGACGAGGAUGGAAAUAUUAUUGAGCUUGGGGGGAGGCAGCACCAUGAAUCAAGAACGAACAGACAUCCCUUUGCUACAAGCAAAUAUACAACAUGGUCUAACUUUGCUUCCGCUCAGCCUAUGCUUGUUGGCGAUGAUAUAGAAGUCCCAGCGGCAAAAUUGCAGGCUACUCACCCCUCGACUCCUAGGCCAAGAGGAGUUUCUAUCUUUGAACCGGAGGAAGAAGAAGAAGAAGAAGAAGAAGAAGAGAAGCCAAACGAACUAACCAUGCGUCAACGACAGAGAGCUCCCAAAAUCUUUCCUUUAGAUAACAAUCCCACACUACGCAAUUCCGACCUAUUGCACAUGAAUGAAAAUUACCUAAAAAAUAUGGCUUCAGCCGCAAAGCAAAAGCAACAGAAUAAGAUACCAACUCAAGCAAAAAAGAACGCAGCUUACUGGGUCUUUCGAGCUGGGGUUGGAUGCGUAGGUGCCGGUGUGGGAUCAACUCAUAUCGUACAUCCAUUGCAUUUGUUCUCUGGCGAUGAGCUCUACGAGUCCCUGGUUCCGACUACGAAGAGGAACAGUCGCAAGCGUCCAUGUGAAAGUGGCGAAGAGGGUGGCGGGAGACGGGUUCGUUCAAAAGAAGGAGACGAAGAGAACAUAGCUAGGGGAGAAAUAGAAAAUAACAAUCUUUGGAACGAGGAAGUUGAAAUUGGCCGCCACCCCUCACCAAGCUUGAAAGAUGGCAACUCUUCCCUAAUGCCAUGGAACAUCACUGCCUCUAUCCAAAGCUCUCGACAUGAGACCUCCGCCGCCAAUAUCCUCCGCGGGCUCGGAAGCGUGGGCGGGCCCUCCUCCUGGUUCAGAAGAUCGCGAAGCCGUUUAACAAGCGCGAGUCCUCUAGCUGGACGUGGCUUCCCAUUUGAUAUGGACAGAAUCAACAGCCUAUUCAGCCCAGGUAAUCAAGAAGAAGACCUCGAUAGACUCGAGGGUUUCGAUCUCAGCAAUUACCUCGAACCCGAGAAUGUGAUGGGUAGUAACUCGGUCGUCGACGGAGCAGGUGCAAGUACUUAUACAAGCCAGGUUGCGCUUCAAAGCGGUCUUUCUCAAUCAUCCAUGGACCAGGAGAGCCUAAAUUUCCUUGACUUUUUAGCUGCCAAGAUGGAUUCGCUGAAAAGUGCAGAGGAUGUGGAACCUCACAGCGAUGCAGUCACUACUCCUCCUAGAAUUGCCGCGGGAAAGAAAGAAAUCACAUUCUCGACUCUCCUACCUACUCAGAAGACGUCGCGCACGGUUGCCACACACGGCUUGAUGCAUGUUCUCGCCCUGGCUACCAAAGGGUUCCUUUCAGUCCGCCAGUCCACGUACACCGAUCAAAGUAGCGAGGAACAUGGUGUGCAAUACGAGUACGGAGAGAUCUUGAUCCGUCUGCCCAUGGUGUAGGCCAGGCUACCUUUUCAUAUUGGGUUUUUUUUUUUUUCAUUUCGGGUUUUCUCUACAUAUUGUCGUAUUCAGCAUCAUUUAUGGUCUGAUUUAAAACAGAAAAAAACGUACUCUGUCU